CAGCCCGCCAUGGCCGAGCCUGCGGCCUCUUCCAGCUCCGGCGCGUCGCUGCCGCUCAUUGAAUCAGAGCUUUACUUCCUCAUCGCCCGGUUCCUGAGCACCGGGCCCUGCAGGAGAGCGCUGAAGGUGCUGGUGCAGGAGCUGGAGCAGCACCAGUUGCUUCCUAAAAGGUUGGAUUGGCAAGGAAAUGAGCAUUAUAGAAGUUACGAAGAAUUGGUGCUAUCCAACAAACAUGUGGCUCCAGAUCAUUUAUUACAAAUUUGCAAACGUAUUGGCCCUAUCCUGGAUAAGGAGAUCCCACCCAGCAUUUCCAGAGUGAAUUCCUUACUUGGGGCAGGGAGGCAGUCCUUGCUACGGACAGCUAAAGAUUGCAGGAACACGGUUUGGAAGGGCUCUGCAUUUGCUGCUCUUCAUCGAGGCAGACCCCCUGAAAUGCCUGUGAACUAUGGCACCCCACCAAAUCUUGUGGAGGUGCAUCGAGCAAGGCAAUUAACUGGAUAUGCCAAGUUCAGCACAUCAUUCCCAGGAAGUAUGUACCAGCAUGUCAAGAUGCACAGGAGGAUCCUUGGCCAUCUCUCUUCUGUAUAUUGUGUUGCAUUUGACAGGACUGGGCACAGAAUAUUUACUGGCUCAGAUGACUGUCUGGUGAAGAUCUGGUCCACUCACAAUGGCAGAUUAUUUGCCACCUUACGAGGACAUUCAGCAGAGAUUUCUGACAUGGCUGUGAACUAUGAGAACACCAUGAUUGCAGCUGGGAGCUGUGACAAGAUGAUCCGAGUGUGGUGUUUGAGGACUUGUGCACCAGUUGCUGUCCUCCAUGGGCACACAGGGUCCAUUACCUCAUUGCAGUUCAGUCCCAUGGUGAAAGGCUCCCUGAGAUACAUGGUCUCCACUGGGGCAGAUGGAACUGUUUGCUUUUGGCAGUGGGAUACAGAUUCCAUGAAAUUCAACACCAAGCCAGUGAAGUUCACAGAGAAGCCCAGACCAGGGGUUCAGAUGCUUUGUUCUUCCUUCAGUGUGGGUGGUAUGUUUUUAGCAACUGGCAGCACUGACCAUGUCAUCAGGAUGUAUUUUUUUGGCUCUGAAACACCUGAGAAAAUAGCUGAAUUGGAAAGUCAUGCUGACAAAGUUGACAGCAUUCAGUUUUCUAAUGGUGGGGACAGGUUCAUAAGUGGCAGCAGAGAUGGAACAGCUCGGAUCUGGCGUUUCGAACAGGCAGAAUGGAGGAGCAUUUUGUUGGAUAUGUCUGAUCGACUGCUGGGUGACACUUGUGCAGAAGAAGACAAAUUCAUGAAGCCUAAAGUGACAAUGAUAGCUUGGAACCAAAAUGACAACUAUGUUGUUACGGCUGUGAAUAAUCACCUGCUCAAAGUUUGGAAUUCCAGUACAGGGCAGCUGCUCCAUGACUUGGUGGGCCAUGCAGACGAGGUGUUUGUCUUGGAGACCCACCCCUUCGAUUGCAGGAUAAUGCUGUCUGCAGGUCACGAUGGCAACAUCUUCAUAUGGGACAUCACCAAAGGCACCAAAACAAAGCAUUAUUUUAACAUGAUUGAAGGCCAGGGACAUGGAGCUGUUUUUGACUGUAAAUUUUCCCCAGAUGGGCAGCAUUUUGCAUGCACAGAUUCUCAUGGACAUCUGUUGAUAUUUGGCUUUGGCUGUAGCAGGCCUUAUGAAAAGAUUCCUGAUCAGAUGUUCUUCCACACUGACUAUCGGCCUCUGAUCCGAGACUCCAACAACUACGUGCUGGAUGAGCAGACUCAGCAAGCCCCUCACCUCAUGCCCCCUCCCUUCUUAGUGGAUGUGGAUGGAAACCCACAUCCCACAAAAUAUCAAAGAUUGGUGCCAGGAAGAGAGAACUGUGCAGAUGAACAUUUGAUUCCUCAGCUUGGAUAUGUAGCAACAAGUGAUGGAGAAGUUGUUGAGCAGGUGAUUGGCCAGCAGACAGUUGACCAGGAUGAGCCAGGCUUGGAGCCCAGCAUUCUGGAUGGGAUGAUCAGACAGCUACAGCUGGAGCAGGAUCAGAGAAAUGGAGCUGAUCAAGAAUCUGCUCCAAGUGGCCCCCAAAACGGAGAGGGAACACCCAGGAGAGCUUUCAGAAGGCCGAGUUUGGACAUCCAGUCCCCUCCCAACAUCGGGCUGCGGCGCAGCGGGCAGGUGGAGGGCGUGCGGCAGAUGCACCAGAACGCCCCGCGCAGCCAGAUGGCCACCGAGAGGGACCUGCAGGCCUGGAGGCGCAGGGUGGUGGUGCCUGAGAUCCCCCCCAGCUUGCUCAGGAAACAGGAAGAAUAUCGGAUUGCAAAAGGGGAAGAAGAGAGAGAUCUUUAUGCAACAGAGAAGAAAAAGUCAUUUGAGUCACUGGAAAAGAGUGACUCUGAGUCUUCAUUAAUCCAAUCAAAGCGUCGACUGCACAGACGGAAAUAUUCCAACUACAGGACAAGGAAGAACAUUGAGCAGCUGGAGUCUUCUGAGGAGGAGAGGGACAACUGCCUUGGCUUGAUAGAGCAGGAAGCUGAAGAAAGUGAGGGCUCUGGUUCAUCUGAUGAAGAGGAAGAGUGGAGAAGUGACAAGAAAAGCAAUAGCAAUAGUUCUAGCGAUUCCUCGAGCCGAUAUUCCGACUGGAUCGCGGACGCCGGGAUCAACCUGCAGCCGCCGGUGCGCACCUCGCGCAGGAAAGCGCUCAGGUACUGCAGCACCUCCGAGGAUGAGGUGUCAGCUGAGAAAUCCUCUCCUCCCAAGAGGAGGAGGAGGAAGAGGAGGAAAAAACCCAAACCAAAAAAGCAGGAGGAGGCUGAUGCUGCAGCACAACCACUGAACUUGGAGCUGUCCUACGACUGUCACCCUCCAGUUUGGAUCACAGACACGGCUCUCCGAAGGUCCCCGUUUGUCCCUCAGAUGGGGGACGAGGUGAUAUAUUUCCGACAAGGGCACGAAGCUUACAUUGAAGCUGUGAGAAGAAAUAACAUUUAUGAACUGAAUCCACACAAGGAGCCUUGGAGAAAAGUGGUGCUUAGGGAUCAGGAAUUGGUAAAAAUUGUUGGAAUUAGAUACGAAGUUGGUCCUCCCACAUUGUGUUGCCUCAAGCUUGCCUUUAUAGAUCACGCCACUGGGAAACACACAGACAAAUCAUUUUCCAUCAGAUACCACGACAUGCCAGAUGUUAUCGACUUCCUUAUCUUACGUCAGUUCUACGACGAAGCCCGGCAGAGGAACUGGCAGGCCUCCGACAGGUUCCGCUCCAUUAUCGACGAUGCCUGGUGGUUUGGGACAGUGCUGGGUCAGGAACCUUAUCAGCCUCAGUACCCAGACAGUCACUUCCAGUGUUACAGUGUCAAAUGGGACAAUGGUGAAAUUGAAAAGCUGAGCCCGUGGGACAUGGAACCAGUCCCUGAUAAUGUUGAUCAGCCUGAAGAAUUAGGAGCGAGUGUCUCUGUGACUUUGGAAGAGGUGGAGAAGCUCCUGUACAAACCCCAGGAGGGGGAGUGGGGGAUGAAGUCCCGUGAUGAGGCCUGUGAAAGGAUUAUCCGUGGGAUUGAUCAGCUCAUGACUCUUGACAUCUCAGCAGCUUUUGCUGGCCCAGUGGACCUGUGCACGUACCCCAAGUACUGCACGGUGAUCGCGUAUCCCACGGACCUCAACACCAUCCGCACCCGGCUGGCCAACAGGUUCUACAGGAGAAUUUCAGCAUUGGUUUGGGAAGUCAGAUACAUUGAAAGCAAUGCCAGAACCUUCAAUGAGCCUGGGAGUGCUAUUGCCAGAGCUGCAAAAAAAAUCACCACACAGCUCCUCAAGUUUAUCAAUGACCAGGACUGUACAAAUAUUUUUGAAUUAUGUAGCACAACAGAUGAUGAACAAGAUUGUCAUGAUGCUGAUCUGGAUGAUGAAAAAUGUGUUCCAAGAACAUCAUACAGAAGAAGAAAAGGACGGGGUUUAAAAAAAGGAAAAACCUUGAAAAGUGGCUAUGAUGAAAACUGUUGGAAGAAGCAGUGCAUGGAACUGGUGAAUUUAAUUUUCCAGUGUGAGGAUUCUGAACCCUUCAGGCAGCCAGUUGAUUUGGAUCAAUAUCCUGAUUACAGACAUAUUAUAGACACUCCAAUGGAUUUUGGUACAGUGAAGGAAACUCUGGAAGCUGGGAAUUAUGACACUCCAAUGGAACUGUGCAAAGACAUCAGACUGAUAUUUAGUAAUGCAAAAUCUUAUACUCCAAACAAAAAGUCAAAGAUUUACAGUAUGACCUUGAGAUUGUCAGCACUGUUUGAAGAGAAAAUCCGAAGAAUUGUUUCAGAUUUCAAAAAUGGGCAGAAACAGAACGAAAAGCUACGGAAAAACCAGAGGUGCACGAGAAGAUUUAAUAAUCAAAGCUCAGUGCAGCAGCCCACCAAAAUGCUCAGAAAUCUGAAGCAGAAACCAUUAAAGUCUCAGGCCAAACUUGAAUGUGAGCAGGAAGAUUCUUUUCCUCAGCCUACCUCAAGCAGAGCCGCCUGUGUCACAAGCCAUAAACCCAACGCUGGCUCCUCCAACCAGAGUUCCUCGGGAGAAUCCUCGGAUUCUGCCUGCCUGCCCUCCUUUGAGAGGAAUGGGAAGGCCAGAUCCACAACACUAACUAAUUGUUCUGCUUUGUCAUCAGAGAGUGAAAUAGAAGGUUCUGGGGUUUCUUCACCUACUUCCUCUUCAUCUUCCUCCUCCUCAAGCAGCUCAGAAGACAGCAAAGGCUGUUCUGGGGCUCCUGUGUCCUCUCCCCUCCACAAUGGCGUGUGCAGGAGGAACAGCAGUCGCAGGCUGACUCGGAACCGAGCUGCUCAGAGGAAACAGACAGGAACACUUCUUCAGGAGAACGGGAAUACAAGGAAAGCAGUCAGGAAAAAGUUAUAUGGAAGUGACUCUGAAAAUACUUCAGCAGUGACAUCCGAGCCCCUCAGCAACAGCAAGGGCAGGCACAGGAAGACGCCCCGCAGGAGCGCUGCUGUGGCUGCCAACAAACUGAGGCUGAUGAGUGACGUGGAGGAAGAGGUGUCGAGCUCGGAGAGCAUCGGCAUCUGCAGGAACAGGAAGCUCCCGCACCGCAACGCCUCGGCCGCCGCCAGGAGGAUGCUGCUGGAGGGAUCCGAGGAUGAGGCAGGCUUGAAGUCUGAGAGUGACAAAGAAAUAGAAGAGCAGCUCACCAAGAGGAAAACUCUUUCUCAGGCUGGCUGCUCUGCUCCACGGAGGAAAUUCGUCAGUGAUUCUGAGAAUGGGAGCUCGGAUUCCGAGCCCGACACGCAGACCAAGCAGAAGAGCUGGCAGAGCAAUGGGCACAAACAGCUCCGGGGCCCUGUCUGCUCUGUGUCUCCCAAAGUGAAAAGUCCCACCUUAGACUUUUCAGAGGAGGACUCCAAAAGCCAUAAUUCCGAGGAUGGCAGCAGCCAAAAGGUUUCUGGCCAGUCAACACCUACACAUCACAAGCCUGCAGUGAGCAAUUCUGAGGAUGAGGUGGACUCGGAGUCGGACAGGUGGAAUGGCAGGAAAGGCUCUGGGCUGCAGCUAUCCCCUCCUUCAAAAAAAGCAAAAGUCUUGAGUGAUUUAGAGGACACAGCAGAAUCUGAAGCAGAAGCCAGAGAGGAGGAGGAGGAGGAGGAGAGCUGUGUGUGGGACAGCUUGGUGCCCACCAGGAUUGUGAGGAGUUCCAAAUCUGGAGCUGCCUCCAGCUUCCAUCGCUCUUCUGAUUCAGACUCGGAGAGUGAUUCCAAUAACAGCAAUUACUGUGAAACUUCUGCAAAAGCAAAGAUGAGGAAGAGGAAAGGAAAAACAAAAAUCGUUAGAAAAGAGCCAACAUCAGAGGAGGCUGGCCAAAAUGCCAAAGUGCUGCGGAGCAGGACGUGCAUCAUCAACUACAAGAAACACAUCAAGGUGUCCAGCGUGGGGGAGAAGAAGAACCCCCGCAGGUGUGCCACGCUGGCUGCCAGCAAGAUCAAAAUAAUGAGCGAUGCAAAGGAGGAAUUAUCCAGCUCAGAAAGCGUUUGCCCCGUCAGGAAGAACCGCAAGCAGCUCCAGGGCAGCGUGUCCUCAGCCUGCAGGAAGAAGCUGUUCGACAGCUCGGAGGUGGAGCCGUGUUCCAGGUCUGAACACGAGAGCGAGCAGGUUUCUGGCAGGAGAAAACCUUCCUGCCCUGAGUCUUCUGUUUCGAAAAGGAAAUACAUUAUUGAGUCUGAGAAUGAAAGGACUGACUCGGAGACAGAGACUCAGAAGCAGAGUGAGAACCACGUGCAGCCACACAAACCCCUCUGUGCUGCGGCUCUGAAUCAUUUUGACUACGACUCCUCGGAGGAGAAUUCCACAAACCACAGGGUAGAAAAUGGGGGGAACUGGGGGAUUUCUAGGCGGGCAGCUUCAGCCCACAACCAUUGUACGAGUAACUCCGAAGAGGAGGUAGAUUCUGACUUAGCUAAACUUGAAACUAAAAAUACCAGAGUAGCAGCGAAUAAAAAACCCAGAGCUUCUUUCAAGAGAUUAAAACCGGUGGAUGACUCCAAAGAAACAACAGAAUCUGAAAUGGGGGGAAAGAAAGAGGAGAAAAGCUCUGCCUCCGAGGAUGCAGAAGCACCUGGGACUGCAGGAAGCUCCAAAGCCAACUUCACGUGUUUCUCCUCGGACUCUGGCACCGACACCACCAUCUGCAGCGACGCCACCACGGAAACCAGGAAGCGCAAGAGGAGAUCCAAACCCGCCAGGAAAGAAAGCAUCAACUCGGAGCUGCUGAAGCCUUGCCGGAGGCCGCAGCGGAGGAGGCGGAAGCGGCGGAAAGGCAGCCAGGAGCAGGACUCGGAGGAGCUGGAGUUCGGCGGGUGCCGGCGGGCGCGGCGGCGCUCCAAGAUCCGCACACGCAACGGCGGCCGGCGCACCGUGCGCUACGACGACUGCGACGACGACGACGACAGAGCCCUCGAGGAGGCCGGCUGCGAAACGUAACCUUAACACAAAAGGAAAGCCAGCCCAUCUUUUCUUUUUUUUUUU